GCCACAGUCAAAUGAAACACGCGCAGCGCUGAUCUCGGAGCUCACCUGCCACCAAACUCCGUUUUCGUUUUUCAACAAACUCUUCUCGGGGCCAUAUUAGAAAAAGGACCGACUUGUCAAGAGGGUGCCAAUUAAAAAAAGGAAAAGAGCGACGACCGAGCCGCCUUGCGCAUCGUAAAUCGGAUCAUUUAAUCCAUCACUGUCCUGACAUAAGCACAUCUGAAGAAUCUCUAGACUGCCUUUCAAACUGCUCCGGGCUUGAACUGUCCCGCUGCGGGAGCGCGCUUGUGCCAUCGACCUGCGAAAGUUUUUCCGCGCCGCCGAGCGCACAAUUCAACACGUUGGUGCCAGCGCGGUAUAAAAGUGGACCCCGAAAAAGCCGUCAUGAUGAGCAACAACUACAGCGACGAGCAGCUGCCGCCGCAGUACUACCAGGCCACCGACUUUGGGGAAGAGGAGGACGACGAGAUGCCGGCCACGGAGAAGGACCUGGCCGAGGACGCGCCGUGGAAGAAGAUCCAGCAGAACACCUUCACCAGGUGGUGCAACGAGCACCUCAAGUGCGUCAACAAGACCAUCAGCGACCUGCAGAGGGAAUUCGGCGAUGGGCUGAAGCUCAUUUCACUACUGGAGGUUUUGAGCCAGAAGAAAAUGUACAGAAAGCACCACAUCAGACCAAACUUCCGUCAGAUGAAACUGGAAAAUGUCUCUGUGGCACUGGAGUUCCUGGACAGAGAGCACAUCAAACUGGUCUCAAUAGAUAGCAAAGCCAUUGUGGAUGGGAAUCUGAAGCUGAUCCUGGGUCUUAUCUGGACCCUCAUUCUCCACUACUCCAUCUCCAUGCCCAUGUGGGAUGACGAGGAUGACGAGGAGGCUAAGAAGCUGACCCCCAAACAGCGCUUGCUGGGCUGGAUACAGAACAAAGUGCCCCAGCUGCCCAUCAACAACUUCAACCGUGACUGGCGGGACGGCAAAGCCCUGGGAGCUCUGGUCGACAACUGUGCCCCUGGUCUGUGUCCUGAUUGGGCGGAGUGGGACCCAAACCAGCCUGUGCAGAAUGCCAGAGAAGCCAUGCAGCAGGCUGACGACUGGUUGGGUGUGCCUCAGGUGAUUGCACCUGAGGAGAUUGUGGACCCAGAUGUGGACGAGCACUCAGUGAUGACCUACCUGUCUCAGUUCCCCAAGGCCAAACUGAAGCCUGGCGCUCCCCUCAGGCCCAAGCAGCUUUUCCCAAACAAGGCUAAAGCCUAUGGACCAGGUAUUGAGCCUCAUGGCAACAAGGUGCUGCAGCCUGCUGUGUUCACUGUGGAAACGCUGGAGGCUGGAAGUGGUGAGGUCCUGGUCUAUGUGGAGGAUCCUGAGGGACACAAAGAGGAGGCUAAGGUUAAACCCAACAAAGACAAAAACAGAACCUACACUGUCACCUAUGUUCCCAAAGUUGAGGGUGUCCACAAGGUGAAAGUGCUGUUUGCUGGUCAGGACAUCGACAAGAGCCCCUACACAGUGAACGUGGCGAAGGACCUGGGUGACGCCAGCAAGGUCCACGCUAGAGGACCAGGUCUGGAGCCUACGGGCAAUGUAGCCAACAAACCAACCUACUUUGACAUCUACACAGCUGGUGCUGGCAAUGGAGAUGUCAGUGUGGUCAUCGUCGAUCCCCAGGGCAAAAAGGACACAGUUGAGCUCAUCCUGGAGAAUAAGGGCGACAGCGUUUUCCGUUGCACCUAUCGUCCCAUGUUGGAGGGCCCGCACACCAUCCACGUACUGUUUGCAGGCCAGGAGAUCCCCAAGAGCCCUUUCACUGUGAACAUCUCGGAGGCUCUGUCCAUUGCUCCUCCCAUGGGAGCUCCACUGCAGAUAAUGCCUCAGUCAGUGCGCACCCCUCCUGGAGUGAAGGGUGGGAAGGGGGCGCCCCCUCCAAAACCCGGCCGCCCAACCAUCAACCCAAAUGCCUGCAGAGCGUCAGGCAGAGGCCUUCAGCCUAAAGGCGUGAGAGUAAAGGAGGUUGCAGACUUCAAAGUGUUCACAAAGGGAGCUGGCAGCGGAGCACUGAACGUCUCAGUCAAAGGACCAACUGGAGCAGAGGAACAAGUGAAAGUGCGCGAUGCUGGGGACGGUGUGUAUGAAUGUGAAUAUUACCCCCUUAAACCUGGUAAAUACACAGUCAGCAUCACCUGGGGAGGCCAGCCCAUCCCACGCAGCCCUUUCGAGGUAGAAGUGGGUGUGGAGGCAGGUUUUCAGAAGGUUAGGGCCUGGGGUCCCGGUCUAAAGACUGGCAUGGUGGGAAAAUCUGCUGACUUCGUAGUGGAGGCCAUCGGCACCGACGUUGGAAUUCUGGGCUUCUCCAUCGAAGGCCCGUCACAGGCUAAAAUUGAGUGCGACGACAAGGGUGACGGCUCCUGUGACGUACGCUACUGGCCCACUGAGCCCGGUGACUACGCUGUCCACGUCGUUUGUGACGAUGAGGACAUCAAGGACAGUCCUUUCAUGGCCCACAUCCUCCCUGCUGUCAAUGACCUCUUCCCUGAGAAGGUGAAAGCCUUUGGACCAGGUCUGCAGCCAACUGGUGUCACUGUGAACAAACCAACCGAAUUCACCAUCGAUGCCCGCAUGGCUGGAAAGGGUCACCUCAAGAUCUACGCGCAGGACGCCGAAGGCUGCACCAUCAACAUCUUGAUCACUGACAAAGGAGACGGAACAUUUGUGUGUGUGUACACUCCUCUCAAGCCUAUUAAACACACCAUCAUCAUCACCUGGGGGGAGGUCAACGUGCCCAACAGCCCAUUCAGGGUGCUGGUUGGAGAGGGUUCUCACCCAGACAGAGUCAAGGUCUAUGGGCCUGGAGUGGAGAAGACGGGGCUCAAGGCUAACGAGCCAACAUACUUCACUGUGGACUGCGGUGAGGCUGGUCAAGGGGACAUCAGCAUUGGAAUCAAGUGUGCCCCAGGGGUGGUUGGGCCUGCCGAGGCCGACAUUGACUUUGACAUCAUCAAGAAUGACAAUGACACCUUCACUGUCAAGUACACUCCCCCCGGUGCAGGCCGAUAUACCAUCAUGGUGCUGUUUGCUGACCAGGAAAUUCCCAUCAGUCCAUUCAAAGUCAAAGUUGAUCCUUCCCAUGAUGCUGGAAAGGUGCGAGCAGAGGGUCCUGGACUCAACAAGAUAGGAGUGGAGGUGGGCACUCCAACCCACUUCACCAUCUACACAAAGGGAGCUGGCAAGGCCAAGCCUGAAGUGCAUUUUGCAGCGUCAGGCCCAGGAGAGGCGGUUCGUGACUUUGAGAUCAUCGAUAACCACGAUUACUCCUACACUGUCAAGUACACGGCUGUGCAACAGGGUAACAUGGCUAUUUCGGUGACUCACGGGGGAGAUCCCAUUCCCAAGAGCCCCUUCAACAUCACAGUGGCACCACCUCUGGAUAUUGGAAAGGUGAAAGUUGAGGGAUUAGACACUAAAGUUGAGGUCGGAAAGGAUCAGGAGUUCUCAGUUAACACAAAGGGCGCUGGCGGGCAGGGCAAUGUCGGUGUGAAGAUGACCUCGCCCUCUGGCCGGCCAAUUCCAUGCAAGCUGGAAUCCGACAAAGCCAAAGGCGCUCACAGUGUGAAGUAUAUUCCCCCAGAGGAGGGGCAGUACAAGGUUGAUGUCAGCUAUGAUGGCAACCCAGUGAUGGGAAGCCCCUUUGGGGUUGAGGCAGUGAUGCCUGCCGAUCCUUCAAAGGUGAGAGCCUUUGGCCCGGGCCUGAAGGGAGGCAUUGUGGGUAAACCUGCUCCAUUCAGUAUCGACACAAAGGCAGCUGGUGCAGGUGGGCUGGGCCUGACUGUGGAAGGGCCCUGUGAAGCUAAAAUCGAGUGUCAGGACAAUGGUGACGGCACAUGCUCAGUGUCCUACCUGCCCACCGAGGCUGGGGAGUAUGCCAUCAAUAUCCUUUUUGCAGAGCAGCACAUCCCUGGUUCUCCUUUCAAGGCCGCAGUGCGCCCGGCCUUCGAUCCCAGCAAGGCGACAGCCAGCGGUCCUGGUCUGGAGAAGGCCAAGGCAGGCGAGCCGGCGACUUUCACUGUGGAUUGCACCCGAGCAGGGGACGCUGAACUCACCAUCGAGAUUGUGUCCGAGACCGGUGCUAAAGCUGAAGUACACAUCCAGAAAACUGCAGAGGGGACUUUCUCUGUGACAUACAUCCCACCCUUCCAUGGCGCACACACCAUCACAAUCAAGUAUGGCGGCCAUACAAUCCCUCAAUUUCCCAAAGUCCUGCAGGUUGAGCCCUCCGUGGACACCAGCGGGGUGCAUGUCUACGGGCCAGGAGUGGAGCCCAGAGGCGUCCUCAGAGAAGUCACAACCCACUUCAUUGUUGAUGCCCGCACCCUUAACAAGGUUGGAGGAAGUCAUGUGAAGAUCCACAUAAUCAGCCCCUCCGGCACCAAUACCGAAAACUACAUCACUGACAAGGGAGACGGCACCUACAGAGUGGAGUACACCGCGUUCGAGGAUGGCAUGCAUCUGAUAGAGGUGCUGUAUGAUGAUGCGCCUGUACCCAAGAGUCCCUUCAGAGUGUCUGUGGUGGAGGGUUGUGAUCCGACGAGGGUCCGUGCCUUUGGACCUGGUCUGGAGGGAGGAAUCACCAACAAGCCCAAUUGCUUCACUGUGGAGACCAGGGGCGCUGGCACAGGAGGCCUCGGCCUGACCAUCGAGGGAGCCUCAGAGGCAAAGAUAUCCUGCAAAGACAAUAAAGAUGGCAGCUGCAGUGUGGAGUACGUCCCCUACACCCCUGGAGAAUAUGACGUCAACAUCAACUACGGAGGUCACCCGAUCCCUGGCAGCCCGUUCCGUGUGCCAGUGAGGGACCCGGUGGACCCCAGCAAAGUGAAAUGCUCAGGUCCAGGUCUGGGCUCCGGAGUGAGAGCCCAUAUUCCUCAGACUUUCACGGCGGACUGCACCAAGGCUGGACAGGCGCCACUGGAUGUCAAACUCUACGGCCCAACUGGUACCGUGGAACCAGUUGGUGUGAAGAACAAUGGUGAUGGAACCCACACAGUUCACUACACCCCAGCUCAGGAUGGCCCUUACACUGUAGCUGUCAAAUAUGCAGAUCAAGAAGUCCCACACAGUCCUUUCAAGGUGAUGUCUCAGCCUGGGCAUGACGCCAGUAAGGUACGUGCCAGUGGCCCCGGUCUAGAUACCAAAGGUGUGUCUGCGAGCCUGCCUGUUGAGUUUACCAUUGAUGCCCGGGAUGCUGGAGAGGGACUACUCACCGUGCAGAUCCUGGAUCCAGAGGGCAAACCAAAGAAUGCAACCAUCCAGGACAACAGGGACGGCACCUACACUGUGUCAUACGUACCUGACUCUACAGGCCCUUACACUAUCACCAUUAAAUAUGGCGGAGAUGAGAUUCCCUACUCCCCAUACUGCAUCCAGUCCAUGCCCAUAGGAGAUGCCAGCAAAUGUCGCCUCACUGUGUCGAUUGGAGGACACGGAGUGUCGAGUCUACAGAAACUGCAGACCUCUGAGGAUACAGUUAUCACAGUGGAUGCCAAGGCUGCAGGGAAAGGCAAGGUGACCUGCAAAGUGAUGACCCCACAGGGGAUGGAGCUGGACAUGGAUGUGGUGGAGAAUCAUGAUGGGACCUUUGACAUUUACUACACAGCCCCCGAACCUGGAAAGUAUGUUAUUACCAUCCGCUUUGGGGGACAGAACAUCCCUAAGAGCCCCUUCCAAGUGGUGGCCACGAAUGAGCCAGUUGUUCCCCGCGAUACCGUGGAUCCUCUCUUCCGUCCUGUUAACUUCCUCGUCCCCUUCACGCCACAGCAGGGAGAAAUCACAGGUGAGGUGCGAAUGCCUUCAGGCAAGACUGCUCGUCCGCAUAUCACCGACAAUAAGGAUGGAACCAUCACAAUCAAGUACCAGCCCACAGAGAGAGGCCUGCACGAGAUGGACAUCAAAUAUGAAGGCAACCACAUUCCAGGAAGCCCCCUGCAGUUCUAUGUGGAUGCUGUGAACAGCGGGGUCGUGACCGCUUACGGUCCAGGUUUGAGUUACGGCAUGGUCAACAAGUCCGCCACCUUCACUGUGGUCACCAAGAAUGCAGGAGAAGGUGGUUUGUCUCUGGCGGUGGAAGGUCCCUCCAAGGCCGAGAUCACCUGUAAGGACAACAAGGAUGGUACAUGCACUGUGUCCUACCUGCCCACGGCCCCUGGAGACUACAAUAUCAUUGUCAAGUUCGACAACAAGCACAUUUCUGGCAGUCCCUUUACUGCCAAGAUCACUGGUGAUGACUCCAUUACCAGGACAUCCCAGCUGAAUGUGGGCACAGCGGCUGACGUGUCCCUGAAGAUCGCCGAGACUGAUCUGAGCUCUCUGACCGCCAGUAUCAGAGCUCCGUCAGGCAACGAGGAGCCCUGCUUGCUUAAGAUACUGCCCAACAGACACCUCGGUAUCUCCUUCACCCCUAAGGAGGUCGGUGAACAUGAAGUGAGCGUGAGGAAGAGUGGCAUGCAUGUAGCCAACAGCCCUUUCAAGAUCAUGGUUGGUCAGUCAGAGAUCGGCGAGGCCAGCAGAGUCAAAGCUUUCGGCAAAGGCCUGGUGGAGGCACACACUUACGAAAUGGCUGAAUUCUUUGUGGAUAUAAGAAAAGCAGGCUAUGGAGGUCUCGCAUUGUCAAUUGAGGGUCCGAGCAAAGUGGAUAUUAACUGUGAAGAUGUAGAGGAUGGGACGUGCAGAGUGACCUACUGUCCAACAGAACCUGGAAGUUACACUGUUAAUAUCAAGUUCGCCGAAAAGCACAUCCCAGGAAGUCCUUUCACAGUGAAGGUGACAGGAGAAGGAAGGAUCAAGGAGAGUAUUACUAGGAAGAGGCAGGCAUCUUCUAUUGCCUCAGUGGGCAGCACAUGUGGCCUGAACCUCAAGAUCCCAGGAAACUGGUUCCAGAUGGUUUCGGCUCAGGAGAGGCUGACCAAGACGUUCACCCGGAGCAGCCACACCUACACCCGCACUGAACGCACGGAGAUCAGCAAGACCCGCGGUGGAGAGACCAAGAGGGAGGUACGAGUGGAGGAGAGCACUCAGGUGGGCGGAGGAGGAAGCCCGUUCAGAGAUGUUUUUGGAGACUUUCUGGGCAGAGAGAGCCUAAGCAGCUUUGCGGGCAUCACUGCUAGACCUGAGGUUGUCUCCUCAGUUGAGAGCGGCUCCCAGUCCAUGACAGCCCAGGUGACCAGCCCCAAUGGGAAAACGGUGGACGCUGAUCUUGUGGAUGGAGGCAGCAGCACGUACAGCGUCCGCUUCAUCCCACAGGAAAUGGGACCCCACACGGUCAAUGUCAAAUACAGAGGCCAACACGUCCCUGGGAGCCCCUUCCAGUUCACUGUGGGGCCCAUGGGGGAGGGGGGAGCACACAAGGUCCGUGCAGGAGGCCCUGGCUUGGAGAGAGGCGUAGCAGCAGCACCUUCUGAAUUCAGUAUCUGGACCAGAGAGGCAGGUGCUGGGGGUCUGUCCAUUGCUGUAGAGGGCCCUAGCAAGGCAGAAAUAUCCUUUGAGGACAGAAAGGACGGUUCUUGUGGAGUCUCCUACAUAGUGAAAGAACCAGGCGACUACGAGGUUUCAAUCAAGUUCAACAACGAGCACAUCCCUGACAGCCCAUUCAUCGUUCCGAUUGCCACGCUGUCAGACGAGGCCCGCAGGCUCACUGUCACAAGCAUUCAUGAGAAGGACUUGAAGGUAAACCAAGAAGCAUCCUUCAUGGUGCAGCGAAACGGGGCUCGAGGUGCGGUGGACGCCAAAGUCCACACCCCGUCUGGCUCCUCCGAGGAAUGCUACGUCACGGAGCUUGACACCGACAAGAGUGCAAUCCGCUUCAUUCCCCGGGAAAAUGGCGUUCACGCCAUAGAUGUCAAGUUCAACGGAUGCCACAUUCCUGGAAGCCCCUUUAAUGUGCGCGUGGGAGACCCGGGGCUGAUCGGCGACCCUGGCCUGGUGACGGCACAUGGCCCUGGACUGCAGGGAGGAACCACAGGUGUACCCUCAGAUUUUGUGGUCAACACCUGUAACGCAGGUUCAGGCACUCUCUCCGUCAACAUCGAUGGUCCGUCCAAGGUUAAGAUGGACUGCCGGGAGUGUCCCGAAGGCUACAAAAUCACCUACACUCCCAUGGCACCUGGCAACUAUCUCAUCACCAUCAAAUAUGGCGGGCCACAGCACAUAGUGGGCAGCCCUUUCAAAGCUAAAAUCACAGGUACCCGGCUGUCGGGCGGACACAGCCUCCACGAGACCUCCUCUGUCUUGGUCGAAACAGUGACCAAGACUUCCAAAGUGGGUGGCGCCUACAGCGCCUCCUCCUCCUCCUCCUCCUCCACCACCUCAACCAAACUGACAUCUGACGCCAGCAAGGUGGUCUGUCGUGGAACAGGGCUGUCCAAGGUUUUGGUGGGACAGAAGAACAAUUUUACAGUUGACUGCAGCAAAGCCGGUACCAACAUGCUGAUGGUGGGAGUGCAUGGACCGCAUGCCCCCUGCGAGGAGGUGUAUGUCAAGCAUAUGGGCAACAAGCUCUACAACGUCACCUACACUGUCAAGGACAAGGGCAGCUACACCGUCAUUGUCAAAUGGGGUGACGACAAUGUCCCCGGGAGCCCCUACAAAGUGGCUGUGCCCUAAAAUAAACUGCCCCCAUUUUCCAUCCCUCGUCCUCCGCUGACCCACCAGCCUUUUCUUGUCAAUCAAACUCCCGGGUUCUUCGCUCUCCAACGGAUCACAAUAUACUCGACUAAAACCUGCAAGAUGAUGGAAUAUCCAUUGUGCCAAAAUUUUGUAUUAACUCAACAGAGAGUACAUGAAAGGUAUGCAUCCACAUUCAGAGUAAAGGAAAGGCAGCAGGGUGAUUUAUGGGUGUUGUUGGUGAAAUGUUUUGCUCAGUCCAUAAAAUGUUUCCUCUCCUUAUUGGUUGAGUUGUAAACGAAUAAUAUGCAUAAUAGAUGAAUGUUAGGAAAUGUUGGCAUAAUCAGCAGUAUUAAAGUGUGAUGCAAUUUGAUUUUGUAUGGUCUAAGAAUGAGAAGUUGACUGUUUUUUUUGUUAUAUUAACCUAUUUUUGGUAAGUCUUUGCAGACCUAAUAAAGAUUUAAUUGCUUACUUCCCA